GGAACGACUUAACAAAUUAUAUGUUCGAAUUCCCUCUACAAAUACUUGACUAACUUGUUAAAAUACGUUUGCCAAAUUUUGUUCAUAAGGAUAGAUAGACGUUAGAUAUGAUAGAGAGGUUAAAAAAGGGCAGAUCUCUCUUGCAUUUUGUGCAUUAGAUGCAUUAUAAAAAAUGGUGAAAAGAAUGUUUUCAUCUGGCUUUAGGAUGCAAGACUUUCUAAGGAAAUUUACACUGUGUCUUUGCCUUGUUUUCAUCCUUGGAGCUGGCUUCGUCUUGGUGGAAUUCUUCUCCCUAUCCUCCCUCACUUCUGGCAAAGUUUUUACAACUUUUUUGAAGCCACAACAAACUUCUGAUAAAAGAUAUGCCGUAGAACAAAAAAACUCACCUACUGAAGAAAGAAAAAAUAUUUCAAAGCUCAUCACCACUUUGAAGCCUCCAACACACUAUGCUACUGUAAAUUUUGAAGGACGCCUUGGAAAUCAGCUGUUUGAGUUUGCAUCCCUGUAUGGGAUUGCCAAGCAUAAUAAUUUGAUACCAGUUAUACCUGCCAAUUCAAUUCUUCGCAGAAUUUUCAAAAUUACUGUUGGUCCCACUAGGCCAGAGAUCAAAUAUACAAAAAGAUACCACGAGAAAAAAGGAUGUGUAUUUGAACCACCAUUGAUGGCGUUGGGGGAAUCCGAAAACGUUUGGAUUAAAGGUUAUUUGCAGAGUUGGAAAUAUAUUCAUCAGGCUGAUUCAGAAAUCAGGAAAAUGUACACUUUUCAAGACUCCAUUUCUCAGAAAGCAAAAUCAACAUUCCAGGCAGUUAUUGCAUCCAAGAAAAACAAAAUCACCACAAACACAGUUUACGUGGCAGUUCACGUCAGAAGAGGAGACAUGAAAAACAAUCUAAACUAUGUAAAGUACGGAUACACCACUGCCGACAUGAGUUACCUCUCGAAAGCUAUGAACACAUUCCGGAAAGACUUUAAAGAUGUUCUCUUUGUGGUUGGCUCAGAUGACCUGAAGUGGUGCAAAGAGAAUAUGAAGGAUGAGGACAUUGUAUUUAUUCCCCCUGGCAACAGUCCAGAAAUGGACAUUGCCAUCCUGACCAACUGUAACCACACUGUUGUGACUGUGGGGAGUUAUGGCUGGUGGACCGCUUGGCUCAUCAACGGUAAAACCAUCUACUACAAAGGUUUCCCCACACCCAAUUCUCAACUAGCAAAAUUGUUCAAUGCUGAAGAUUAUUAUUUUCCUCAAUGGAUCCCAAUGUGAUUUU